AUGGAUUUCUACCUACGUUGCAACUCUCUGAAGUGUCGAGCACCAUUGAAGGAGAGGGCAGUCGUCACCACCUGUUCACACAUCUUCUGUCUCCAUUGCGCAGGAAGCCUUGGUCUAUCGCAUCCCACAGCAAAUGAGCGAGCCUGUCCAGCCUGUCAGGCCGUUCUCGUGAACCCCGACGACGCGGUAGCAACGGCCCUCAACCCAACGGAAGACUACAAGACCAGUGUCCUGAGCGGGCUUGAUCCGAAUACAAUAAUGGAGUGCGCAGGACGGGCAUUACUCUUCUGGACAUACCAGACUACUCAGGAAAUUUUCUACCAGGAAUUUCUCGCAAAGACACUGACAGAAAAGUACACCAACCUGAAUACACAAAUGGACAAGGUUGUACACAACGCGAACUCGGAGAUAUCAGCCCUACAAGCCAGAAUAUCAGAUAUGGAGACAGCACAGGACCAACUUCGCAAGAAGAACCAAGAACUUGUCGAUAUGUAUCGAGAGAAGUGCAAGAAGUUCACACAAAUGACAAACUUAUACAACAUACUCAAAUCCCGAGCAAUGCGAUCCCAAAUGCAGACCGCUGCAACAGAUACCGUGUCCCAAGCGCUAGAUUCGCUAACGGCCUCUCGAAACCAUCCAACCGGGCUUGUACCCGGACACUCAGAGUCAUCGAGGCCUCCUCACACUCCAAUGUCUAGACAAUUGAACACUCCCGGAGCAAAUACGAUCAGCCUGGCGCAAUACCGCAACAUCGAACGCGUCUCGUGGGUCUCUCACGCCCUUCAACUGGAAGAACAACACUACCGCAUGACAGUAUAA